AUGCAGAUGCGGGUUCAUGCGAUGUAUGGGAACAGUCGGACUAUCCUGACGCUUUUCGUUAUCAUGACCGUCGGAGAGGUUUCGUUCUGGAUUGUCUUCCUGGCACUGGGUGGAUACGAUGGCAUGACAGCUCGUUAUGGGAAUGCCGGUACAAAUAAUCCAUCGCCUGGGCUCUACUUCUGCGCCGACGGCGAUUUCGCCCACAAGCAUUGGUAUGCGUAUUUCGACACCCCCAUCCUGAUUAUCGAGAUUACGCUUGUCGUGCUCGCGCUCUACAAGGCGUGGCAGCAGCAUCGGGGCGGGAACCCGAACAGGCUAAUGAUGAUGCUUGCCCGGGAAUCCAUAUUAUACUUCGUUGUUGUAUGUGCGAUAUACGCUGUAGACCAGGUCUUGAACUUCAUGAAUCGGAUGACGCUUGAUGAACUCGUCAACGGUUAUCGGAAUGCCAUUCCUGUCAUCUUGGCUAAUCGGCUUAUGAUAUCAGUCCGAGUCGCGUACUAUGAUCACGAUUAUGUCGACUUCGAUGUGUCUUCUAGGUGUACCCUGUCUAUCUCGAAUUUUCGCCAUGAACACGGUGGAGCAAGGCCAUCGUCAGCUGCCUUUGAGUUGAAGAGGAGAAAAUGA